UCUCCAUCAUAAAUUUUCACAAUCCCUAAACCAUCUAAUAACAAACUCACGCAAUGUACAUACAAAUUCACCAUCAAGUCCCUUCCAGUUAAUUCUUGCCUCUAAUUCACGUCCUUUAUCGUAAACCAUCAAUGGAAUUCUUCCAAAGGGCAAAAGUGGUGCGCCUGAGAAGUCACCAUGACAAAUAUUUGUUGGCAGAUGAAGAUCAAGAAGGUGUUUACCAAGAUCGUGUUGGAACCUACAAAAAUGCGAAAUGGACGGUGGAGAUUGUAGAGGGUGCAAACUUGAUACGAUUGAAGAGUUGUUAUGGGAAAUACUUAACACCCACCAACAUGCCAUUCUUGUUGGGUGCCACAGGAAAGAAAGUGUUGCAAACACUUCCCACAAAGUUGGAUUCGUCUUUGGAAUGGGAACCCAUAAGAGAAGGUGUGCAGGUUAGACUCAAGACCCGUUAUGGACAAUAUUUACGUGCCAAUAAAGGCCUACCGCCAUGGAGGAACUCAAUCACGCAUGAUAUCCCGCAUAGGUCAAGAACUUCAAAUUGGGUUCUCUGGGAUGUAGACCUUGUAGAGCUUCGACCACAACCUCCCAAAACAAUACAAGACCUCACACCUAUUGAAACGUCUAAUAAUAGUUGUUCCAAUAAUUCUACCUCGUUGGAUCGAUCUCUGUCUCCUUCUUCUGCAUACUCUCCAUCUCUCGAAGACGAUGACUCAUUAGCCAAAAUCGAUCUUCAGUCUUCCUUGCCAAAUGAGUGCAGAGAUUCAGAUGAAAUAGUGUCACCAGGGAAAGAAGGAAGGAUUAUAUUUUAUAACUUGGGUGAUGAAAAUGGGGAUGUUCCUACUGCAAACGAAGAAAAAUUCUUUACAUUCAAAGGAAGCAGUGUAGGGGAGUUAAAUGAGAAGUUAAAGGAAGAGACAGGGCUUGAUGAUAUUAUUGUCUGUUGCCGCAAUCCAUUGAAUGCAAAACUCUAUCCCCUUCGUUUACAAUUACCUCCCAACAAUACUGACAUGCAUGUUGUUGUGGUUCCUUCCUCAUUUCAACAUGAAUGAACAAAUGCAGAUGCUGACUCUCACAAAUUCACUUGGUAGAAAUGCAUCAUGAGGGAAAGUGUUUGGUUCGAAGGAUGUGAUCAACAUGCCCAUACUUCACUCGUGUUUAGAUGAUGAACUCAUGAAAGAAGAAAAUGAGAGGAAAGAAAUAGGGUGCAAAGAAGUGUAAGAGAAAAAAAAAAUACAUUGAUUUUUAGAUUGUUUGGAUUGAUUAAAAAAAUUGAGUUUCUUUUCUCUUGUUUUUACUGGAUUGUUUUGGAUCA